AAAAUGGCUUCAACUUCUCAGAAGCCGAAAAAGGGUAUUUUAAAACAUUCAGGAAGUAUCGAUCACAGGUACACGAAGCUAUUGUAUUUUAUUAUUUAUCUUAUUAAAAAAAAUUAAUCCACUAGUUUGCUUUUUAUAUGUAGUUAGGAGCCAGAUAUUAAAUCAGGAGUAUUCGGGAAUAUGAGCAUCAAGAUCCUAGUCCUAGGCCUAGGCAAGUCUGGUACUCGUACUAUCGGACUCUGACAUCAGUGACUGAUGAUUUAUGGUGUUUUAUGUGGACCCUUUUAUGAGUUCUACUUCUAGUCAAUUUAAACAUUUAUGUAUGUUACAAUUCUGGUAAAAGUGCAGUUCAGGUGCGUAUAUUAUUUCUUAGCGCAUUUCGUAUUUUAACAUUUUUUUAUCAUGUAAACUUAUGUCUUAGUUAGUCUUAUAGUGUAUUCUUUAACUUUAAUAAUUUAAUACAGGCAGUUAUAGUUAACUAAUUCUGAAUUAUAAAUCACAUCUUUUCUUUUUAUUUUACUUCUAAAGAGUCAUUAACCAUCCCCCAACCAAAGUGACACAGCCCCCCAUUUGUUUGUAUUUUUCUUUUUACGCUAUGCCAGAUUUUUAGCCACCUAUAAGUUAGUAUGCUAAACGAAAUUUUCAAACUAAGCAUGUUCACAAAAAAGAAUGAAAUACUAGAUUCUUCAUUCCCCCCCCUGCCCCAACUUUCUUUUUUUUCCCCCUCAGAGAGCUCGGAAUAUAGGGGGUGUCCUUUGAAGUCGGGUCGGGGGGGGGGGGGAGAUUAGAAGUGGAUCACUGACUAAGGCAGUGGACACACACGUCAUCAUCGUCCUGGACCUGGUGUGAAGCUGAUCACCCUGAAGGCUGCUAAUAUGCUGUCCGUGAUUGGUCAGCUCUAAUUUGAGCACCCCACCUCUUUUUUCGUAUGCAAAUGCGCUUAUUACUGGUGCCUGAUUUGCGCUGAGUAAAGUGAGGGCUAGUGAUUAUUUUUUUUAUAUUAUAAUACGGACUCGUUUUGGCUUUGCGGUAUUGCUGGUUGUAGGAUCAUUUUGUUUAAAAUUGCAGGACGACCAAGAAACAAUAGCUAAAAUUAUUGAUGCAACAGGCAUUUUUAAUGGUGCAGCAUUUGGCUUAUAUGCGCACCUUGUGGGGCAACAAAUAACGUUAAUACAACUGGAAUUUCUCCUAAGGCGCUCGUAACAAUUGCAAUGUGGCUUGUAAGCUGGAUUCGUAUGUCAAGUAUGUGAGCUCCCCAUAAUUACCGGGAUCUGCAUAUCACCCGAAACGGGAUCUCACCCAAAACAGGAGCUCACCGUAACCGGUAUCCCGCCAGGAUCGGUAACCCACUGGAUCGGGAUCCCACCGGGAUCAGGAUCUCACUAGGAUCAAAAUCCUAUCGGGAUCGGAAUCUCACCGAAACGGGAUCCCACCGGAUUGGGAUCUCAUUUAGUUUGGGAUAACACCGGAAACGUAUCUCACCGGGAUCGGUAUCUUACCGGGAUCGGGAUCCCACCAUGACCAGGAUUCUAUCAGAAUCACAUCGGGUUCGGGAUCCCAUCAUGAUCCUUCCGGGUGCCAUUGGAAAACAGGAAAAACGAAAGGUUUACAUAAGUUAUUUUACUUGUUUUUAAUAGGAGACAAAUUAAUUAUUAUUAUUUUUACUAUAGUUUGUAGUUGACAUUUCCUUUAAUAACAAUGUGAACUAAAAGGACGUAGCAGAUGGUUUUUUCUGAACGCAGCCCCAGACAACUCCGGUUAUAGUUGAUAGUAAAGUUAUGAAAUAAAUGCAUCAUUUAUUUUAACAAGAUUCAUGCAAUUGGGCAACUUUUAUAAAGUAUCUUUAAAGACAGAAGAGUUAUCCUUGAUUUACCACAAUGGCUCCGUAAAACACGAAAGAUUCAUAAAAAUGUACUUUUUUUAUCUCGUAAAAUUUGUUAAAUUGUUGUUGUAUUCCAAUAAAAAGAUGGUAUAUAACUUUUAAAAUACUUUUUAUAAAGAAUUAACAUAAGUUUACAUGGGAAAAUAAGAGAUUCAAACAGAAAUAAUAUACGCACCUGAACUGCACUUUUACCUACCACAAUUCUUACUAAAAAUUUAGUUUUUGGAUACUAAAUGAUUACACACAAAUAGUGAAAUAAGAUUUAGGCAGAAAGAAACAGAUAGUCUGAGAAUGAACAUAAAAAUUAUUAAAACUCAGAACUGGUUACCGGAAAUUUGAUCCAAAGAAAUUUCGUUGAUGGUAAAUUGAUCAACAGUAAUUUGAUCGAAUAAAAAUUUGGGCGAAUCUUUUUUUUCAGUUCACAUGACCUGUUAAAAUUUUCGUCAAUUUACCAAUAAUUCAAUAAUGGUAAUGCCAAUGCGUUCAAAAAGACAUUUAAAUUUUAAAGCAAAAUUUAAAGUAACAACUGAAAAAAAAGAUUCAGCUAACUCAGAUUGAUCAGCCUGUGACGUCAUUUGCGUGUUUAUUGGUACUUUAAAACUAGUUGAUGCACUGAUCUGGGCAUGUCCAAAAAUGUCGAAAAAACUUGUUCUAAAAUAGGGCAUACAGCUACAUGGUAUCUUUGGAAAAUUGCAUACUAUGUCACCUUUGUUUAUUAAAUAAUUGCUUUCCUCAUCAGUGACGUAUCAGUUUUUGUGUUCCGGUCAUAUAUUGAUUUAUGCUACUAGAUUUUUUUGUGCAAAACGGACAGUUUUAUUAUGACUCGAUAACAGAUAAUGUUCUUCUGAGAUUAAAAACAUUUGUUUAAUUAUUAUUUCGAAUUAAUAUAAUUAAGAUUCAUAUUUAUUUUUAAAAAUUGACAAAAGCUACUGCGGCCAAGAUAUUGGUAUGUUUUUAUUUAAAUUCUUCAUUUGUACACUAAUAAAGCUAUUGUUAUAAAAAGUGUACACUGUAAAAGUGUCACACUGAAAUUAAAGACAUUUUUAUUAAUUAUCUUUUCCCAUUAAAGUAAAGGACCUCCACAUUUUAAGAACAUAUUUGAUGAAAAACUACUGCAUGCGACAUAGUGUUGCAUUUAACUACUUCAUUUUUAAACUAAUAAAGUUAUUUUAAUAAAAAUUUUAACAGUCACAGAUAGUGUCAAGCUAAAAUUAAAGAAAUUUUAUUAUUUAUUCCACUUGCUAGGUCUCAAAUGCUUGUAAAGCUGAGUUUUUGUCAUGUUCGAAGCCAACUUUGUAAUUAUUUGUUCUUCCCCUUAAAGAACUAUAACUCUGGAUGACAAGGGAAGUAAUAACCCCAGUUACACUACCAUAUAGAGCUCGGGUGGCCAACGUUAGGCCUUUGAUACGGCCUGUUGGAAGUCAUGUUGUGACCCAGACCCAACGGAGCUUGGUCAAAUGAACAUAAAUGUUAACUUUAUUGUACAUAUCACCAAAAGAACAUUACAUGAUGAGGCGUUCAUAACAUAUAUUUUUUAAUUAUAGCUAAGAAAAUGUUGAAAUAUCUCGCAUUUUAAAAAAAUUAUUUGUUUUUGAGCUAUUUUAAAUAUCCCAUAUUUUGGGGAAAAUUCAUUUACUUAAGUUUUUUUGCCCGACACUAGGCGUUGAUAAAAUUUAAAAUGAGACUUAAACUCCUGAUAUAUAUGAUCUGUGGUCUUCAGCAUCUUAAAUGUAUGUAUGUAAAAGCUAAUUAUGCAGUAGCAAUGAAAAAAGCAAAAAAAUUGAAUCCAUAUCCAGAUGGUGAAAUGGUUAAGGAAUGUUUGGAGAGCUUCGCUGAAAUACUGUGUCCAAAAAAAAGAAGAAGGAUUUGUAAAAAAUAAGUCUGUCUGGUCAGGCAUGUGGACCACAUUGGAAAAUAUAUUGAAGAUAAUUUGAAAAGCAUCAGAGUUUAUAUUUUAUGCUCUAGCAUUGGAUGAAAGAACAGAUAUGGAAGAUACUGUCCAACUGGCAAUUUUUAUCAGGGUCGUCGAUGUCCAUUUUAAAAAGACGGAUGAAUUAUUAGCGGCACUGUAUCCACUUUAGGACACUACUAGGUCACAAGAUUUGUUAGAGGCAGUUACAUCGACAUUGAAUCGCUUUUCAUUACAACUUAGCAACUUAUCGGGGUUAACAACGGAUGGGGCUCCAGAAAUUGUUGGAAAACACAAAGGUUUAAUCAGAUUGAUGGAAAAAGAGGCCUCCAAAGUCAGGAAUACUUCAAUGCUAAAUUUUUAUUGCAUUAUUCAUCAGGAGACCAUUGGACCAUGGCAUCAAAGUGGUUGUCAAUAGAGGUAUCUUCAUUAAGUCGAGCGGCUUGAAUCACUGUCAGUUCCGAGAAUUUCUAAAGUCUUUGGACUCAGAUUAAAAUGAGGUUGCAUUUUAUGCAUAAGUAAGAUGGGUGACCCAUGCCAAAAUGUUGAAAAGAGUGUUUAAUUUGCUGCAAGUAAUGUAAUACAAUCAUUCUUUGCAAGCAAGUCAAUAAGAAUACCAGGGUUUGAAGACCAAGAGUGAGUUUGGGACUUUGCAUUUCUGGUCGAUAUGACUAGUCACCUAAAUGACGUUAAUACUCAUCAACAAGGGAAAGAUCAGUUAAUUAAUAAGAUGUAUGAUCAUAUUUCUGCAUUUCCAAUGAAACUUGUUCUUUGAGAGCAACAGUUGAGGAUAAAACUUUUUACUCACUUUCCUACAUUGUCAUUGCAACCAGAUGUCACACAGGAGGCGGCAGAUAAAUAUGCUUCUUUGAUAUCUGAUUUAAACCUCCAAUUUGAAAACCGAUUUCAGGAUUUUUAAAAACAUUAUGUGCUUUUUGUGCAUUUGCAACACCAUUUAUUACCAGCAAGAUUACAAAUGGAAUAUUGUGCAAUGUGUUAUGAUACACAGUUACAUGAGAAAUUCCAUCAAGUUGGUUUGGAAGAGUUCUAUUAUACAUAUUUGGACAAGGAUAAAUAUCCUGUUUUUACCAACAUACUCUGUCAGGCUAUUGCUAUUUGGAAACAUUUAUGCAUGUGAACAGCUUUUUAGUCACAUGAAGCACCUCAAAUCACCACUUAGAACACGAAUCACUGAUGUUUAUUUGGAACACUGUUUGCGUGUAGCGACAUCAAUCAAGAUCAGUUUUGAUGCACUUAGUUCUGCAAAAAAAAAAGUCUAAUAAAUAUGUUUGAUUCUCAGUUAUGUUUUAUUUUCUUUAAAAAAAUAAAGAAACCUAUCUCUUGUUGCUUUUUUACAUUAAACCAGGCAAGCGUUUGACCACCAUCUCACCUACUGGGAAGCCACCAUGUUGUCAAAGCUGUAGCAUGCUUGCUUGCUUACUUUAAUUAACAAAAGUUGUGUAGCCCGGCAGGAAAUAUAAAAAACUGGCAUUUUCCUGCUCCGAUACCCAUUUCCUGUAAACAAAUUUUAUUGGUCUCCCUUGCUUUACCGAGGUGCCUACUUCAUUAACCACAUCCAUUAUCAAUUUAUGACAUGAAGAAGGGAAAGUUGUCACACAUUGUUCAGGUCCAACAACUGGUCUGUUCAUUAUGGGUCCAGUGUUUUGGGAUUCCCCAAAGUGAUGUCACUGAGCUUAGGGUGAGAUAACUCUUGGAAUAACUAAACAUUUACCAAAUUCAACUCUAAAACUUGUGUAAUUUUUAAAAUGUGAAUUUAUCCAAUUUUAAUGUCUGAAUAAGUGAAUUUAGGUAAUUUAGUUGAUUUUUUAAAUGUCAGUUAUUGUUUUUAGCCUAAAUUUUUAAUAUGGCCAUAGAUUGUUUUACCUCCAACAGGUGGAGAAAUUUUUUAAAAUCUUAAAAUUUUUACUGAUAUUAUAUUUAUUAUUAUUUUUUUUUUACAUAUAUAGGCUUUUUUUCAACUUUGGAGCUAUAUAUUUUUUAAUAUCUGUAUCUAAGGGCUAUUCCUAAUUAUAUAAUAUAUAUAGGUACAUCUUAAAUGAUUCUUAGUCAUAUAUUGGGCGUUAGUUGUAUGGCAUUGUAAUCAAUGUUUAAUUAUUCUUGCCCAUGAUCACACGUUUAAUACUAACAUUCAAGAAAGAAAUAAAAAAUGCUGUGAAAUCUAGUUUUCCUUAUAUUAAAAGACUUGAAAAUGAUUUCUAAUUUUUUUUUAUGAACAACGAAAAGUUCUUAUGGACUUUCACUGUCAAGUCAUUUUAUGUACAAUAAUAAUUGACUGUAAAUUUAUGGACAGUUGGCAACCCUGAUCUCCACUUAAACAGUAUCACAUGUUUGUGACCCAAUACUGUUGGUUUUUGCUCGAUUCUAUAAUUGUUUAUCAAUUUAGCCAUUUUAAGAUUGAAGCUAUAAUUAAAGAUGUCACGCAAGGAGGUAUUGGUGGGGAAGUGGGGGGGGGGGGGUUUGGGGGGGUCACACAUUUGUCUCAAAGUUUAUAACAUUAUGAGAGUGUCUAAAUUUUGUGACAAAUUUGUAAUGGUUUGGAGGGGUGUGGGUGAGGGAUUUUGGCCUAUCUAUCAGGACAUCAAUUAUUUUAAGCUCAUUAAACGACACUCAGAUAAGUGACGAUUUAAAUUAUUUGCGACAAAAUUAUUAUUUUUCCCACAGAAAAAUAUUGCAGUGGUAUUUUUUGUAUUUCUUAAACAAUAAUUUGUCUUACUAUAAGUGUAAGGCUCAUUCCCAAAACAUCGGUAAUGUAUGUGGUGUAUUUCCUUAAGAAUGUGACCUUUGUCUACCAAUAUCAAUAUAGUAAUAGUCUUACUAUAACUAUAAGGCUCAUUCCCAAAACAUAGGUCAUUCCCAAAACAUCGGUAAUGUAUGUGUAUGUGGUGUAACAUCCUUAAGAAUGUAAGCAUUGUCUACCAAUAUCAGUAAAGUAAUUAUAUAAUUUUUAAAUUUAAAUAUUAAGCCUAGUGCCACUAGUGGCACAGGAAUUUUUAGAUAAAUCUCAAGUAGUAAAGCACAUGUCCACUGUGCAGUUCAGGAAACUGCUUAAAUUUUACUAGUGAUGAGUAGAAGUCUGGGUCUGUGAAGCCAGAAACAUUUCUUUUGACUAUGACAUCAUGUGCUGUCUUUUUCUGUUGCAGAUUAAAGAAAUAAAAUAAAUCACAAAAGAUAUUCUUUGGGAGUCUUUUAUAAAACAUUAUCACAGUUUAGAACACCACAGACCUUUUAAGUAAUGGUUUACCCUUUAAGUAUAAUCCAUGCAUACUUUACUAUGUAGGGCCACUGACUAAAUUUGUAUUUUUUUUAACUGGUUAGCGUGGCACAUAUAUUACAGGUUAUCAAAAUCAAAACCACAUUCUGGCAACAGUAAAUAUAGCCCUUGUGCAUGUCUGUGUUCAAAAAAAUCUAUAGACGAGGAUGGGUAAAAGAGUUAAAUAAGCUUUGAAAUUUGAGUUUGUUUUCACGUUAACAAAGUGUUCAAUUUCUUCAGCCAAUUUUUUAAUCUUUGCAGAACACAAGGUGUGUAUUUUAAAAGAAACGGAGAAAUAAUAGGUUCUGCCGUAACAAAAUGUUGUUUAGUUUUUAAGUUAUUGUAAUGUUUAUUUUUAAAAAAAAUGUAUUCCUGGAUAUUUAAAAAAAAAAAAUGAUUUGUGUUGUAAAAACAGCUAUUUGUUUGUGAUGGAAGGCUGACUUUGUUUAGUGUUUUAAAAAAAAAUGUGGCAAGCUCCAUCUUUGCCGUACAUGGUUUUUAUUUCACUCAUGAGAUGCUCAUUUCAUGACACUAGGAAUUGUAUGGUUUUACUUUUUUAACACAAUUUACAGAACUUUUGGUUGAUAUUAUUUUUGUAUUCAAUCUAAAUUUAUUUAAUAAAGCUUUAUUUAGUUUGUCAUUACAAUGUUGGUGAUAAAUUUACUUGCAAAUUUACAGCAACCUGACUUAAACUAAUUAAGAAUGCUAAAUAGUAAUUUUAAAGAAAAGUAUUUGUUGUUUCAAAGUUAGGUUAGAAGUAAAGGGAAAAUUCUUUAUUGAUUAAUCGUUUUCUUUUUUUUUUAAAAGGAAACAUUUUGCUUUCUGUCAGAGUAUUUGUCACAACUGUAAUUGUUUAUUUGCAGUAAUUAUUCCAGGAAGAUACUCUUGAAAAAGGCCCUAAAUAUUCUGUAAAAACUCUAGCUAGAAUGAAGUAAUCCUAACCAAACAGUGUGCAAUGGGGUCAGUAAAUGGAACUUUAAACAAGCCAAAAGCUGAUUUCAUGAUUGUUUUGUUUAGAUAGCUUCCCCCUUAACAGGAGAUACGACAAAAUAUUCAGGGCUGUUUUGGAGUCCAUCUCCCCGAAAAUUACUCCUGAUAAAAGGAAAAUGUCAUAUUGUGAUGUAGUCAGCGCUAUAAAUUUUUACGUUCAGCUUUUGAAUAUUAAAAGAACAAUUUAUUUGUGCACUAAAUAAGUUAAUAUUUUGACUCUGACUUUUCUUUGUGAAAUGUCCACAAAUUAUUGAAAACUCACUCUAUUAAAAGAAUUUUUUUAUAAGAAUUGUUAAAAUUAUAAGCAUCUAAUUAUUAUUCAAAAUGCUAUUUUUUAUUAUUUAUUUAUUUUAUUUUUUUUUUUUCAUUUUAUUUCUCACAAACCCUGUUCAUUUAAUAUGCCUUAAUUUUCAAUGAUGUGAUUUACCUGAAGUUUUAAGUAACUUUUUUUUUUUUUUUUCAUCUAUUUUUUUUUUUUUAAAUAUUUUUUUUUUUUUUUUUGUUUUUUCUGAAUUUUUUAGUUAUUUUUUUUUUUUUUUUCACCUAUUUUUUUUUUUUUAAAUAAUUUUUUUUCCAGUAAAAAAGAAAUAGAAUGGGAUGAAAUGAACAUCCUCGCUACAUAUCAUCCCCCAGACAAAGAUUAUGGGUUCAUGAAGGUGGACGAGCCGCCAACACCCUACAACAGAGCAGCUGUAUCAGAUAACGAGGAUGAGGCCACCAGUGAAAGGAAAGGGAGUAUAAAUUCAUUGGCCGGGAUCGACCCAGCUUUGUUAGCCAAAAGGUAAUUGGCUCAGCAGAGAAACUUCAUUUCUAUGUUGAUUGAUGUCACAUUUUAAACAGUGACUUUUUACUACCUGUACCAUUACUUUUUUACUAUUUUGAAAUUUGAAAUUCUUACUAAGCUAAAGUUCCACAUAUUUUAAAUUUUAAAAAAAAUGUUAAAAUGAAGUGCAGCGUUUAAUAUUUUGUCUUAGGCUGGCAGACAAGGGCGAGUCAAGCAAAGAGAAGCAUUUUUAUGCAGACGAUGAUGAUGACGAGUCAGUUCAUGAGAAUGAAACAGAGGAAGAGAGAAGUAAGAUUAUUCCUCAUAUAACUAUAUUUAUGUUCUAUGGAUUUAUUUAUUUUUGGACGCACUUGAGUUGUUUCUUUUUUUUUUUUCUCUCUAUUACAAAUAAUAUAAGAGUUUGUUGUCUUUAUUAAACUAUUAAAAGAAUAAUUUUUUUUAAGCUUAUGAAUCUUACUUUACUGUUUUAUAAACAUUAAUGUUCUCUUAAAUUGUACAAGUUUAUUUGCUGGUUGUGGGUUAACAAAGGGUGGCAGCUUGACUCUUUCAUAUUUCAGUUAAAACAUUAAACUUACAAGCUCUCCUAAUUUCCACACAGAGAAGAGGAAGGCGUUCAUGCUGAAGAGGAAGAUGCAUUACAAUGAGUUCCAGGCGGUGCAGCUGGCCAAGAAGCUGAUGGCCGAAGAGGAUGACGACGACGACGACACGGGAGCGAAAAAAGCCGGCGGCGCAACUGCCUCAGGUACUUGUAGUGAAGUGCCUCCUUGUGUUCAAGAAAAUGAAAAUAAUAGCAGCUCAAAUGAUGAUGAGGAGUUGGUUGGGUCAGCUGUUGUUGACCCUUGAGGCAUAACAGAGCUGAUUUCUUGCAUUGACAUUUUUUUAAGUCCAAGGCUAAUUCCACAUCCUGCUUUUGAACAAUGUACUCUUGAGGUGAACGUACAUCUGCCAGGUUAAAGCGUAUGCACCCGAAUAUUGCCCUUGGCCUGUUUUAAUGACAAGUAAUUCAUCAACCCACCUCCACCCCUCUCCUCCUCCCACCCUCACCCCUGUUAUUUUAUUUGUAUGAAAAUACUUUUGUGACACAUUUCUUCAAUGUCAUUCCCAAGCGGUGUUAAUUCAACUACUCACAACUACCACAUGUCCAGCAUCUCAGUUAUUUUAUCGAUCCGUCUAUGAGAAAAUUGGUACUGGCUAUAAAGCAUAGUUUUGACAAAUUUGCUAGAAAAAUGAGUUCCCUGGAUUGAAUUUAGUGACAGUGUAUCCCAUGAAUUGAGGAAUAACGUAUUGAAUUGAUGUAAAGUGUAAUGAUAAAAAUUACUGCUUACUUUGUAAAGUUACAAAAAUUGAAUGUUAUCGAUGUAUAUGUAUGGUCAUAUUUUUAAAUGUACAAGUUCCUUCUGGGGUAGAUACCUUUGAACUACAAUGUGAUCAGUAGUUUUAGAUUGUGGUAUCUUGUUAGCAUUAAAAAUUAAAUAAACAUUCUGGUGAUGAAAAGUCUGUCAGUUUCUAGUGUAUAAUUGACCACAAUUCUUUCUAAGAAAUAUAUACUAAAUAUAUGAUAUGAUAAAUUUGUUAAUGGCAAGGAAGCUGUCAUGGCUGAUGAUGUCACAGCAAGAUGUUAGCAGUUUUUAAAAAAUAUUUGAUUGUGUUUCUUUUACAAACUAACUUGAACACAUUUUACACAAACCUGAAGGUAACUAAACAUGCUAGAUGACUUAUAAUUUUUAAAAAAAAAUAAAACAAUUCUGGGGAGCAGAUGAAUUUGCCUAUAUUGGUGUAUUAUAGGUAUAUAUAUUUUUUUUAACAAUGUUCAUGACAUGGCAGAAAGUUAUCUUAUGCAAAUUUAAUUUGAAACCUACAAGGUCGUAGCCUAGUGUUGUACAAUUUGUUUCCUAUACACAAUCCAUUAUAUCACUGUGUCUAUUAUGUUUAGUUUUAUUCCACUUUUUUUCGAUUUUUUUUUCCUUUCUUUUUUGAUGUAACUUUGUUUUUGUUGUCAAUGGAAGGACAAGUCACAAUUUCAACUCACAUAUUCUAUGAAAACCGAUUGUGCAAUUGUAUAGAUUAAUGUGCGGCAUUGGUAUGAAACUUUGUUACUUGCCGUGCACUUGGCGAGAUACAAUCAAACGCUGCUCUGGCUCCAUCAAAUUAUUACAUAUGCAGCAUUAAAGUUUGGUGUGAAAUAGGAGAUUUUUUAUGAUUGCAAGCUUGAACACCUGAAAAGAUACAUUUCAUUCAUUGCUGAUUGUAAUUUUUUUUUUUUUUAAUAGUUUCAAAAUAGUUUUUCCUCAAUAAGUUAACUGCUUGUAGCAGAGAGAUUAUAUCUAAUUAUCUCCAUGAACAUAAUGCAAGCAAAAAAAUAACAAAAAUUGGUUGGAUUCUCCACUGCAUCAUCAGAAAUAUAUUAGGGUUCUGGGAACUUUGCUAUCAUGUAAUUUUGUAAUCGGAUAUGUAUAUCAGUAAUGUAUAUCUUUUUUGUUACAUUCUGUUUAUAAUUGAUGUACAUUUUGAGAAAACGAAAGCAGACAUUCUUCAGAAACUGUUUAAAUUAUGGCACACAACAUAAUCUAAAUAAACCUGGCUGUUGGCGAGAGGGUUAGGGUUUAGUUCUUGUUUAGAUACUGUGAGUGGGAUUGUUUCAACUGGUUAGGGUCAGGGUUAGGGUUAGGGUUUAGUUCUAGUUUAGAUACUAUGAGUGGGAUUGUUUCAACUGGUUAGGGUUAGGGUUUAGUUCUAGUUUAGAUACUAUGAGUGGGAUUGUUUCAACUGGUUAGGGUUAGGGUUUAGUUCUAAUUUAAAUACUAUGAGUGGGAUUGUUUCAACUGGUUAGGGUUAGGGUUUAGUUCUAAUUUAAAUACUAUGAGUGGGAUUUUUUCAACCGUGCACACAGCUACCCGCUAGUUGCAAGUUACAAUUUUUUUCCAUUUGAUGAUAUCCAUAAAAUACAGUAGCUGAGAAUUUCAUGAAGAAACCAAACAAUGACACCUAGUGAAUAAAUUAUUUAGAGUAGCCAAGAAAGAAUUGCAAUACAUUUGUGGAAUUGACCAAAUAUAUCAGAUCAACACCAGGUUUUUAACAAAAAAUGUAUACAAGGGCGAAUCAGAAAUUCUGGACCUGAAGAAAUAAGUCUUAAUGCAGAGAUAAAUUGUUUAAAUUUUAUAUUCACAGUCUUUGUUGAAAUAACCAGUACAAAAAGGCAUAGUCCUGAGACCUUGAACAUUGUCCCAUGACUUGUUUCAGGUCAAAGUCCAACUUAAUCUGAUCACAAAUCUGUCCAUUUUUAAACAGGCCCGAAACAAAAACCGAAACAGAAAGGGUGAGUUGAUCAUCUGGAAAUUUCAAAUUUCCUUUUUAUGUUUUCUGGGGCUUUUUUUUUUAUAACCAUUAUUUCAGCAUCCCAAUGAUUGUUUAACUUGUAAUAUUCAAUGUUAGCCUACUUGAUUGCACAUGGACAUGUUCAUUUUUUUUUUGUUGGAGUUGACAUUGGUUCAAUUUCUUCUCUUUUCAUCUCUCCAUAAUUUGCCUAGAGACCCUUAAGAUUCAAAGUUUUAUUGAGGCUCUGCGACGAAGAAAAAAUAGUUUAGACCAAAACCAAUUUGUGAGGCUGCAUGGUAAAUGGUAAAUAUUUGCGCUUUCAACUAUUUUUAAAAAUUUUAAUUCAGCCCCAAUCUUCAGUUAUAGAUUAACAACCCAGCGAUGGUAUGAUCUAUUUAAAAUAUCUUGGCUGUUGAAAGGAGAAAAUGACAAUGUGAAGCACCCUUGAAAACAUAUACUCAAGGCAACUAAACUCUGUUGGGAAAAUCAUUUUGUUGUAAAAAAAAAAUAAUAAAAAUAGUGGAGUUGUGCCCCUUUAGCUUGAGUUUUACAAGUUUGGUACCAUAGCUUUUUUUGGACUAUUUAUUUAUUACCUGGGAAAAAAAAUGGAUUUUCCUUUUUCUUUUUUUUUUUCAUUUAAGUUUACCAAAUGGGGAUAACUAUGGGGCAUUGAAAAGAAACAAAGAUGCUCCAUCCCAAUUUUUUCAAAGUCAAUUCUAUCAGUUCGUAUAGAAAAAUGUUUUGUGUCAGCUCUUCUUACUCCCGUGGGGCAAUUUCUUUUUUUUUUUUUUGGCCAG